CACAGACGACCAUUUAGUAGCUCCGAGACGCUGGCGCGCAUUGCGCUCGCAUUUUGAUACGACCUCGCUUUCAGCUGAAACUGAGCGAAAUGCACUUGACAUCCACACUGAUUGGGCUCCUUAUCUGCGGCCUGGGGAUCGAGAUGCCCACACCCACAGCCGCCCAGUUCUGGUCGGUGGAUCCUGUCGCGCAGUGGCGGAAAGAGUCUCUGGCCGAGAGGGGAUCCGGCAUCUGCUACAGGACCCUCACUGUGGAAACCGUCAAUCCGAACUCCAGAAGUCGUCAGAUCUCCUACUGCUGCGCUGGUUAUGUGAAUAAGGGAACAAGCCAGAACCUCAAGUGCGAGCCCAUCUGCACGGAGGACUGCUCCAAUGGAUUGUGCCUGGCGCCCGAGGAGUGCGAGUGCGCUCCGGGUUACUAUAGGAGUAACAGAAGGUGUCGCUUUGUCAUGGCAUAACAAGGAUAAGCAAAAAAAUAUAAACAGAUACAUUUCCUGAGUUGAUAUUAAAAAUAACGAACUUUCAGAAUGCAGUUUAAUAGUUUAAUAGGUAAACAAACUAAUGCUUGCCUUGCAGUCACAAAAGUGGUCAUAUCAAAUCAAUAUGCAAUAUUUUACGGGUAUAUAGCUAAAUUUCCUCAAUGUCUUUUAUGGCUCAUACACUGUGGUGAAGUAGAAAUAUAAAAUGAAAUACU